GUCAUAAUUUGAAAAUGUUGCCAUUCUCUUCCAAAAAAAUCAGCGAAAUUUGACACUGCUGCAUUGACUCUCAACAGAAAAACAUAUCCCACAAUCCCUUGCGCGCACCGUGACGGACGUAAAGGCGGAGUCCUCAAAGCAGAGAGAAAUCAUUUUUAAUUAGUUCUGUUACAGUUUUACAUACUUUUAAUGUAAGGUUGCCAAUACCUUUGUAAUGAACAAAUAUUUUAAAUUGCUUAAGUGUUUUUAUUUUUUAUUUUUAUAUAGAUUGUUAAACUUUUGGGUUUUGGUCUUUGUCAUAUUAAUAGUGGCUAAUGUUCACUAAAUGAUUGUAUUUAACAUGUUUUUUUUCAAUUAUCUUAAAUUAAGUGUAGGGUGCCAAUACUUUUGUAUGCCAAUGUAUGUAUAAAUACGUAAGUGCAAAGUGGUCUCCCGACCCCGUAGUCCUAUUUUGGCAGCAGUUUCUUUGGUUGUGCCUGGCUGCGGCACCUGAUUGCACUGCUUUGCUUCCUGCAUCAACAGUUGCUAUGGAGACGAGUUGUUGUCUCGUAACAGUUUAUAGAAAACUCUGUUUUAGUAAAAACCAAAACAAAAGUUUCUGAGAACUGAUAUGCAGAUAUGAUCUCCGGAAAGGCUAAAGCACUCCCAGGGAAAGGGGUCGGAAAGACCCCUAUGAAGCAGUCAACCCAGGCAAAGAAACCAGUCCCAGGACAGCGGGCAAACACGAAAAACAAUUCAGGCCAAAAGGCAGUUUCCAAAAGUGCAUCAAAAAUCACAACAGAAAAGAAGGGUGCUGAAAAGGGUGUCAAAGCAGCAAGCACAGCUGGGAUCAAAAAAGAGGUAAGCCGUGAAGAAAAGGCUGCCCUCUCAAUCCAGUGCGCAUUCCGUAAACACCUCGCCAGGAAGGAGUUGGCCAAGAGGAGGAAAGAGAAGGUGGAAUAUGAAGAGUUAAUGGACCGUCUAGAAAAGGAGGCGUUCGUUGCAAUGGUGCGGAGGGAACAGGAGGAGGCGGAGCGGGAGAGACAGAAGGAGGAGGAUGAGAGGAAGAAGAGGCGGGAGGAAGAGAAGCAAAGGAAGCGGAUCCUGGAAGCAGCCUUUGAGGGGGAUGUGGCAGAAAUCCUGGCUGUGCUGAAGGAGAUGUUGGACUUAGACGUGGAUAUGGGUGUGGGGUUGGACAAGUUGGGGAAGAAGCAGCGACUGCACAGCCGAUUAAAGAUGAUUGAGUGUAGCGACCCUCAUGGGAACACCCCACUCUCAGAGGCAGCAGGGGGUGGGCAUCCGGAGGCUAUCACACUGCUGGUAGAGAACGGGGCCGACAUCAACACCAAGGGUGCCUUUGGGAGGACACCCCUGUACCGAGCAGCUUUCGGGGGUCACCUGAGAGCAGUUCAAACCCUCCUGCAGCUUGGGGCAGACCCAAGGGUGUACGCAGAUGAUGGCAACACACCUGAACAGGUGGCCUCGUUGGACAGUGUGGUGAGGACUCUGCAGGACUGGGACCUGAAGACCACAGAGUCCAUGCUGCAGAAAAUGGAGGCUGAGAGGCAGAGGAGGGCAGCAGAGGAACAGAAACAGAAAGCAGUGGAGGCCAAUCGGCUGAGAGAUGAAGUCCAACAGCUGAUUAAAGAACAUGAGCAGUGCCAGAAAGAGCUGCAGAAGGCGUACUGUGAGCUGAAUAAGAGGAUCUCUGAACAUGACAAGUGUGAGAGGAAGAACAUGGGCAAAACAGAGCUGACACUGACGGCAAUACAUGACGCAGAGGAUGUGGUGGAGAAAGCCAAGGUAGCUGCGCAGCAUGCAGAAGAGCAGCUCUCACUGUCCAGACUGGAGCUGAGGGAGCAGUCUGGGGGAGGGUCUGUAUCGGAGCUCAUAGGUAUGAAGUGCUCGGUACGAGAGCUGGACGACGUGCUGUUCAAAGAUGUGGGAAACAAAAUCCAGCGAGAUGGCAGGUGGCCUCUGCUCAUUGACCCGUCAGGCCAAGCCUCCACGUUCCUGAGAUAUCGAGACACCAACUACACAGACGCCCUGAAUCCUGAACACAUGAAGCCCGAGGUCCUGCGCCUGGCCCUGCUAGGAGCCAUCAGGUUUGGUAAGCCUCUGGUCAUCAAUAUGAUGGAAGUGAACUUGUUUGAAUCUGUGGAGAAUCAGUUUGACCAAAUACAGGCUGGGCUGAUGGAACAGCUUCUAACCAAGCAGCUGCUCCAGAAUGAAAGGUAUCUGUCGCUGGUGCAACCCUCGGAUGACCCUCAGUAUUCUAAGACAGAGUUCAGGUCUUCAAGGUCAGAGAAAUUCAAGCUUCUCUUUGUGACAAAGCUCCGCAACCCUCCUGAAUCACUGUUGACUGCUCUCUGCCCCAUCGAGGUAACCAUUCCGCAGCCAAGGUAGUGGAGAAAGGACCACGACUUCAUCACCUGCACUACGUUUCUGCUGUAUUAUCUGCCUACUACUGUACAAUGAUGUUUUGAUUUUACUACAGAAUCUACAGAAUAGAUACAUGCAUGUAAUUUAUACAGAAACUAACAUUAGACUGUAAUUCAUCAGAAUGUGCAGAUUUUUUUAUUGUAAAAAACACGUAAUGAGAAUUUGCCAUUGAUUAAAACACCCCUAUAUGGUUGCUUA